CAGCUGUGAUUACGACGAGCACAGGCGAAGUACUCGCCUUCUACUGCAGCAUUCCCCUCUUAACAUCUUGUUUGCUUGGUUCCGAUGCUUGCCCGCGCGUCCAGCGAUGCUGGAGCUCGUCUACGCCGCUCAAAGUCCACCAGCUCUGUCACUCGACUUCCUCCGCCACUACCCGAACCAUUAGAUCCAGAGGUCGCCCAGAAGCAUGCCCUAGCUGCCGCCACAACAGCAUACGCAAGGGCACACGAACUCGAACUCGCUGAAAGGGCGAGGAGUCGUGCCUCUACGCGUGCCUCCACUUUGUCCAGGACCAAAAGCAAUGCCAGCCGGCAUUCUGAAGGACGUCACUUUCCAGCACGCGAAUCGAGUUUGCGCUUUUGUCAGUCUCCGAAGGGUGGAUACAUCUCAGCUUUCCCGCGGCAAUCGAUUGCUGGACCCGAUGCCAAGCUUCCCAGGAUCGCAAGUGUUACGCCGGCGGGAACGCCUUUUCCUCAUCCUACACCGGUGGGUACGCCGUUGGCUCAACCUACUCUCUCUUUCGACGAGAUUGCUCGCCCGGCGACGCAGUUCGCCACGCAUCGAAAUUCUCUAGCUGAACCCCCAAACACGAUUCGCAAGGCACGGUCGAUGUAUUACGCUAGCAGUGUUCAGACUGGGUCGCCCGUUCCACGCCCUCCAGCAAAGUAUCUGGUUACACCUCCACCUGCGAGCCCGACGCCUGAACGACGCAGGUCCUUCCUGUCGGACCUUGGCAUAUCGUCCAGUGCGUCAGCUGUCCCACCAAGAUUGCCCGCAACAAUAUCUGGGGACGAAACCGUAGAUAAGGUCCGCGACAGAUAUCUUCAAGAUUUCCAGAAGCGUCAGCUCCGCCAGCGGCCGUCCUUCAUCCUCGGCCCUUUCAAAAAUAAGAAGAGACAAGAGAAGGAGAAGGGCAGGCUUUCGUCUAGCGCGAGUAGAUCUGUAGGAUCUGUAGUCUAUGACAAUAUCCCACCCGAGGUCAUGACUAGCGUAGAGGAUGUUACGCUUAUCACCAACCCACAAAAGGAGAAGAGGUCUUUCUCUAACACACUCAAAAGCAAAAUCAAGCGUGUCUUCAGACGAACCUCACUUAUCCCAACAACACUUCCGGUCCAGCAAAUCGAUGCCAGCCGCGAUUACUUCAGCACCUGCGUCUCACCACCACCUCUCGGUGGCAAUAGAAGUUUCGACGACAUAUGCACUCCAGAUCAUACUACCCUCAACCAUACCCGUACUCAAGACUCAUCUUUGGAUAUACCUGAAGGCAGCGCUCGUCCAGGCUCAAGGGCGAGUAGCAUCAUGAGCAAUUUUUCUGCCUCCAGAGUGACGAGUUGGAACAGCUCUACUAUUGGAAAUUCUACCAACAAACGCCUUUCAGUUAUCCAUGAAGCCAAGGGAAGCAUUGCGAGCGAAGCUGCAAUGUUGCCUCCAUCACCGACUCGACGUCCGCCACCUGUGCCUGCGCUCUCGUCAUUGCGAGAUCCAGUCCAAAUGGACGAUGUAGCUGAGGAAUGCUCAAUGCCAGUGGAUCCUCGACGAGUAUUCUCAGCGUUGAUGAAGGAGAGUGGGGAUAUGGAUGAAUUGAGAGAGGGAGAAGAAGACUCUGAGAUUGAAGACGAGAGUAAUUCAAUGUGCAAGGGUAGCAAUCACUCAACCUCAGUCACUCUGACAAAUCAAAGCCGCAUUUCCGAUCUGAGUAAAGCUACGAAGGGGACUAUCCGUACAGUCACCCCAGAUCCACUCGAUGGCCCCGCAGUACCGACCAGGACUACUAGCGUUCGAGGUGCUGUCAGAAUUCCCAGGGACAGGAGUCCUUCUCGCAGCCCAAUUUGCGAGGAGCCUAGUCCGAGUUCGGACGAUCCUGUGGAUGAAUCUCGCGAAGGCCCAAAACCUCGGCGCAAUCGACUCCAGCGUCCGCCACCUCAUGCAAUAAUACCUACCGCCGACCAGAUUGCUUCUCGGGUCGAAAAGUCCAAAGGUAGGUGGAAGACUCCUCUCGAAGAUGACAAAGAGCAUUUUCCUUUCUUCCCAAAGUCCACAAGGCGUACUUAUACGGUUUCGACAUUUGCCCGGAAGAACUUUUCGUUCAGGCACUCCAAUAAGCAGCCAACGCCUUCGCCAGAGCAAGUUGCAGGGCAAGAAGAAAACUUUACGCUCCACACCCCGCUCAACCCACGAGAUCUCUUGUCACCACUUUCUCCCAGUGUCUACUCCCAGGCCAGUGAUGGCCAAAGCCUACGCAUGAACGAUAGUGCAGUUUCUCUUGCCAACUCCGAGGCUGAUUAUAGGGGUACUGCAGUGAUUAUCAACAGUACUGCGGUUAAAAGCUACGCCCUAGGCACACCACAGCCUCGACCUCUUGCGGUCAAUGCUUCUGCAAGGUCUAGCAAGGAUUGGAAAAACUGGCUCUCCAAUGAAGUUGCGGAACUGGAGCUUUCGCCGCAGGAGGAUAUAACCAUAUACGAUCGAUAUACUAACCCUGGCCACCGCCGUGAACAUGCGGAUAUCCUUGAUGUACCUGAUUUCUCCAUCAGCGGAUCAGGAAAGGGGAUCCAAACAGUUUUGAGUCCAGCGAUCCGCCAACGUCAACCAACAAUGGGAGAGUUUUCCGAAAGUGGCCUGAGCUGCCCACCAGGAAGUGGGGAACGCUCCUCAGCCCAGACAGGCCAGCGCCGGGUGACACCUGGAGAAGAUCCGUCAAGUCGAGCUAGUUGGAGCUUCCCACCAGGCACGGGGCAGCAGCGUCCAGUCAGGCCCACUCUUGAUGAGAGGCCAUCCAGCAGAAUGAAUGAACGAUUCCCAUUCAUCGAGACCGGUCGCAAGACAAGCAGCCAGAGUAGCUGUUCCAGAACGAAUCCGUCAAGACGUUCACCGGAAGCUGACACACCAUCUUCAAGAGUGACUCCGACUCCAGAUUCACGCAUCUAUACGAGAUACGAUCCUCCUCCAAGUGAUGCGGAUGCCCGCUAUGAGCCAAAAAGACGGGUAAACGAUGAGGCAAAGACAGAAACGAAAGAAAACGGAAAGGAAAACGCACUCCAAUCGCUUUCAGCCAAAUCUCUCUGUAUCCCACCUCGUGGGAUGUCUCGGCCACAAUCUCUUCAACCACUGCGUCCCUGCGUAUGGAACCGCAGCCAUUCUAGCCUAGCGCACUAUACUACUUCUGCAGAAGAGAAGAAUUAUCGUCAUUCGAUGCCACCCAUCACGCCACCCCUUCCUCGGGCACGUCCACACCUCAAAAGCUUGAGUGCCUCAUCGCGCCCGAAAUCUGCCUUCGACCUGCGCGGCAAAAAUAGUCCGACGAAGACCUUCGUCUUUCCCCCGGGCGCACCGCCCGAGAAUGUCGCUCGCUCGACAGCUCACACGAUUUCACACGUUCGUCGUAAACCGAUCACUGGCCGUGCGCUCGAGGGUGAGACGCUCAAGAUGAUCCUUGCGGGCCCGUACUCAAGCCCUUCGCCGACUAAUGCGUCGCUUCCGUCCCCAAUCUCAAAACUCUGGCUGAACAACGAUCUCAACGCGAGCCCAAGCCAGUCUUCGUUGAGAUACGAGCCAACUCCAAGCCCGGAACGUGCGAGAGUCAUGGAGGACGAUGAAAGGGAAGGAAGUGUGAGGAGUGUUGGCAGUGUGCUGGGAUGCCCAGGUACCCCGACGGCUGGACAGAGACUUGCUGAGAAAUUCUUGCGAGCAAGGACUGUUGGUGUUGAAGGGCUCAAGAAUGAAGGAACCAAAACUGGGGGAAUGGAUGCAGAGAGAAACCAAAAAAAGGCAGUUAACGCCGAAGGUAUAUGCACGGAAGGAAUCAAGACGGACCAGGUUGAGACUGGGGCGAUUGGUGACGAGGGAACCUGGAUUGAAGGCAUCGACACCGAGCAGAUCCAGACCGAGGGUGUGAGGGAUAUGACUCCCGCGUUUUUGUGAGAAUCUUACAGUGGAAGUACGGUUUAUACUAAUGCAUGCCUCAUUCGGAAAUCGCGGAGGAUUUGGAUGGAUAUCGUUUGGGGUUUGAAUAGGUUUGGCUUCCCCACGGAGAGAGGGAAAAACAAUGCAUGUUU